ACGUUAGCGCCAUCAAUCUGCCUGCCUCUGCUUCCAUAUUGAAGAUGGCGGUCUCUGUGUUCCGCGGCGUGCGGCUGCUCACAAUUGGAGACGCGAAUGGAGACAUACAGCGACAUUCAGAGCAGCAGCCGCUGCGGUUAGACGUCAAAACUUCACAAGACGCUGCUUUCAUCAAUCUCUCCAAUGGAGAGGAAACAAGUGUGUUUAAGUGUUCCGUUUCCCGGGAGACGGAGUGCAGCCGAGUUGGGAAGCAGUCGUUCAUCAUCACUUUGGGCUGCAACAGUGUUCUCCUGCAGUUCUCCUCACCCGCAGACUUUCAGUCCUUUUACAACCUUCUGAAGAACUGUCGGGGGCAUGCUGGUGAGAACUCGGUCUUCAGUGACAGAACAGAGGAGUCGUCAGCUGUACAGUAUUUCCAGUUUUAUGGCUACCUCUCCCAGCAACAAAACAUGAUGCAGGACUAUGUUCGAACAGGGACGUACCAACGAGCUAUUCUUCAGAACCACACUGACUUCAAAGACAAGGUGGUGCUGGAUGUGGGUUGUGGAUCAGGGAUCCUCUCUUUCUUUGCUGCUCAAGCUGGAGCCAGAAAGGUUUACGCUGUGGAGGCUAGCACUAUGGCCCAACAUGCAGAGGUGCUGGUGAAUAGUAACCGUCUGAGUGAACGUGUAGUCGUCAUCCCAGGGAAAGUGGAGGAAGUGACCCUACCGGAGCAGGUUGACAUCAUCAUCUCAGAGCCCAUGGGAUACAUGCUGUUCAAUGAGCGCAUGCUGGAGAGCUACCUGCAUGCCAAAAAGUUCCUUAAACCCAGUGGUAAAAUGUUCCCGACUAUUGGAGAUGUGCACCUGGCGCCCUUCACAGAUGAGCAGCUCUACAUGGAGCAGUUCACCAAAGCUAACUUCUGGUAUCAGCCCUCUUUCCAUGGUGUAGACCUGUCUGCGCUGCGAGGAGCGGCAGUGGAUGAAUAUUUCCGCCAGCCAAUUGUGGACACGUUUGAUAUCCGCAUUCUGAUGGCCAAGUCGGUCAAAUACACAGUGAACUUCUUAGAGGCCAAAGAGGAGGAUCUCUACAGGAUAGAGAUUCCCUUUAAGUUCCAUAUGAUGCAGUCAGGUUUGGUGCACGGCCUAGCCUUCUGGUUUGAUGUGGCGUUUAUGGGAUCAGUGAUGACAGUAUGGCUCUCUACAGCACCCACAGAGCCCCUCACCCACUGGUACCAGGUGCGCUGUCUGCUGCAGUCUCCCCUCUUUGCCAAGGCUGGGGAUACGCUGUCCGGCACCGCUUUGCUAGUGGCCAAUAAAAGACAAAGCUACGACAUCAGCAUUGUUGCCCAGGUGGACCAGACAGGAUCAAAGUCCAGCAACCUCCUGGACUUGAAGAACCCCUUUUUCAGGUACACAGGCACCUCUCCCAACCCCCCUCCUGGCUCACACUACACCUCUCCCUCGGAGAACAUGUGGAACACAGGGGCGUCCUACAGCAUGAGUCAGGGGAUGGCUGUAUCAGGGAUGCCUGCAGCUUAUGACCUCAGCACAGUCAUUGGCAGCGGCCCAGCAGUGUCUCACAACAACCUCAUCCCCUUAGUGAACACAGGGAUUGUAAACCACACCCACUCACGGAUGGGCUCCAUCAUGAGCACAGGAAUCGUCCAAGGAGCCACGACGGGCCAGUCGGGCCCCAGCAGCAGCGGUACCUACUAUCCCAUCACUAACCAGUUCACCAUGGGGGGCGCUGCCAUCUCCAUGGCUUCACCUAUGGUCAUCCCAAGCAACACCAUGCAUUACGGCAGUUAAGAUGAAGAUCUUGCGAAGACCCGUUUGACCACACACACCUGACCCUGCAUGACAACAGUUAUCUCCUCCCCCCUCGUUCCAACCCUGAUGGAUCCACCAACCAAAACCAGUGCUGUGCUGGCAUUCUCGUCAGCUGUUCGUUGGCCCCCAAAUCAGUGAUCAGAUCUUCUCAUAUCCGUCCACGGAGCAGAUGCUUCCAUGUACCCCCCUCCUGGAUCCGCUGGAACGCUGACGGUUUACAGCCUGCUUCUUCAACACAUAUCUACGGCUAUCUCUGUCCGCCACACGGUUUCUCCCUUGUUUUAAUGUGUCAUGGCCUGCUGGGCUUAGCCUGAGAAGCAACUUGUUACUGGAAACCAGCAUCAGUCUGUUCCCUUAAGGCUCUACAUGUGCGCAGCAGAGACUCCGAAGCUGCUCGUCUGUACAGGAAACCCCACCAUGACCACCUGAGGGCUGCUGCCUCAGCGUCUACAUCCUAGAUCUAGUUUUUACGGUCCGUCUGCACUUUUGCCAUCGGGUGAAGUCACCCGACACAAACAGCUCAUUGAAAAGAUCCUUCAGAAGGAACAGUCCUCCUCCUCCUCGGAGUAAUUUGACCUCUGCUUUUAGGACUUGAUGGUCACCUUCCAUGCUGGGUCAUGAAAUACAUCCAUCAUCAUCUCGUGUGUGUGUGUGUGUGUGCGUGCGCGCGUGUGCAUGUGCUUGGACUUUCUAAUGCUGGAAAUGUUGAUGCUAGCUGCCAUUUAAACUGUGAAAAUUACAAACAGUCCAGGUCAUUUUGUGUUUAUCUGAUCAUCGGUGAAGGAUCGUUUCACUGAUGUUCUCAUGUUAAAAUGUUGUCAACAUGCUGACCGCUCCAUUAUUCUGUCUAGAGUUGCGUGUUCCAGGUGGUUAGUGUGAGUUAACUCAUGCUCUACGGUUAGCUGUCUGCUAGAUGCAUUGACCGGUUUUUGCAGGUACAGUAAAAUAAGUCACAACUAGACGUUCUGCAUAAUUCAUUGAUGUUUUCCGUUAGAUUUAACGAAUAGUUUCCUCUACACCGGGCACCUCGCAGCCACUCCAGGCUUCUAAUCAGGACCGUUGGACAGUUUGUUGUGUGAUCAAGCCGGCCUCACCACCAGCUAGCUCUUCUGUAAUGUACUCUCAUCCCACAAAAUCAUCUCGUAAAAUGCGUUUGGUGUUUCAGUUAGACGCCGAUCCCAAACCUAACCCCCCUGGGCUCUAAGGAAGAUGCCAGAUGCAGCUCAACAUGGAAGGUGACUAGCCUGGUCUUCUGUCCAGGUUCUGAACCAGCUUCCUGGAACCUUUAGAGAGCCAAGGAAAAACCUGGGAGGAUGAACCAGUGACUUACACACACACACACACACACACACACACACUGAGACUUGGACGUGGAGGUGUGGAAGACGGAGGCCCUACACCCUCACCCCUCCACUCGCUGUCUGUGACUGCCAACAUAUCAUUGUUUCCAACAUGGCUGACUUCUGCACCCCCCGUUUGUCAUUAAAGGAAGGAGACUCUGACACUUUUAUGCAUUUCUUCCAGUGUCGCAACUUUUGAGACUUGACUUAGCGAGUUUAUGGGAGGUGAGAAAAUGUCUCUUAGUAGGAACUAUUUUUGUUAAAUGUUUUUGUCUUUUUUUUUUCUUUUUCACACAAAACAAAAAAGGAGGAAAAGAUCAAAUUAAAUGUGGAAGUGUUGCAACCCA